AUGAGUAAUAAUAGUAAUAAUAUCAAAAGAGAUAGAGAAGGAGGAGGAGGAGAUGAUAAUCAAGAUGACAAUGAAACACAUGAAAAGAAAUUACAAAAGUUAGACUUUCAACUACCGACACACAAGAAAUCAGGUGCUCAACAAGAGAAUGAAUCAAACUUUGGAUCAUUUAUUAAAAAGAAUACACCAUCUUUAAAUAUAGUCAAACCUGCAGCCAAUACAACAAACAAACCAUUGGCAUCAUCGGGAAUCAAAUUCAAUUUAACAACAAAGGUAUUACCAACACCACCUUUGAAUAAUUCACAAAACAAUGAUAUAAAUAGAGGAGAGAUACAGACACUACCAGUUGAUAGUAAUAUAACUGUAAUCGAAUCAAAAUUGGUGUCUGCUGAAGAUACCAAACCAACAAUUAACGAAAAAAUAGACAACCAAACAACAACAACAACAAAGGCACCUGGUCCUUCAGUAGGUCCUCCAAGACCACCUGCCUCAAAAAAGAAAAAUAACAAUAGUGAUGAUGAUGAUGAUUCAAGUUCAGAUUCAGAUUCAAGUAGUGAUUCUGAAUCUGACUCUGAUGACGACGAUGAUGUUAAAAAGAAAAAUAAUAAUAAUAUAAAUACACCAAUGGUUGGACCACCAAGACCUGUAAAUAAUAAUAAUAAUAAUAAGAAGAAGAAAAAAGAUGGAGAUGAUUCAGAUUCAGACUCUGAUUCUUCAGAUUCUUCGGAUUCAUCAAGUAGUAGUUCAGAUAGUGAUGAUAGUGAAAAAGAAGAAUUUAAUAGAUGGGUGGAAUUAUCAAGAUCUAUACCAAUAUCUCAUGAAGUUGUGAUGAAGAGUCAUGCAAAUGCAGUGUCAUCGGUUGCACUCGACCCAAGUGGAUCGAGAUUAUUGACGGGAUCAUUUGAUUGCAAAGUUCGUUUUUGGGAUUUCAAUGGUAUGGAUUCUAAUCUCAGAUCGUUUAGAGAGGUACAACCUGUUGAAGGUGCACAGAUACGAUCGGUUGUCUACUCUACAUCAGGUGAUAGAUUUAUCGUGUUGCCCUAUACAACUCAAAUGAAACUGUACGAUAGAGACGGUUUUUCAAAGGCAGAGUUUGUGUCUGGUGAUAGAUACAUACAAGAUCUUAAUCAUACAAAGGGACAUGUAUCUACAUUGACAGGUGGAUGUUGGGAUCCAAACGAAAAGGAACACUUUAUAUCAUCUUCACUUGACAGUACUAUUAGAAUAUGGGAUGUGAACCAACCAAAAAAGAAUCUUCAAGUCAUCAAAUCUAGGAGUACUAAAGGUGCCAAGAUUGGUGUGACAACCUGUGGUUUUGAUAUUCGUGGUGAUGUCAUUAUUGGUGGAUGUCAAGAUGGUAGUAUACUCAUGUUUGACCAACGUUCGACACUCACCAAAGCAAAGAAUCAGAUAGCAGACGCACACUCUCAAAUGGACGUGACUUCGAUACAGUCUGUGCGUGACGGAUACACAUUGAUCAGUCGUGGUAUGGAUUCCACCAUCAAAGUAUGGGAUUUGAGAAUGUUGGUUAACAAUGCUACGACGGGUGACCCAUCGCCCAUGGUCGUGUGGGACGACAUCACCACUGACUACUUGGAAUCAAACGUGGUGCUUGGGUCGUACGACCGACUGAUCGUAGCAGGCACAUCGAUGAAGGAUAAUACUGGCGCCAAUGCAUACGGCACAUUGGCCAUCUUUGACAGAAGCAGUUUGACCAAGAUGCGACAGAUCAAGGUUGAGAAUGCCAGUUGCAUCAAUGUUGCAUGGAAUGCAAAGAUCAACCAGAUUGUAGUCGGAUGUUCUGAUGGACAAACACGUAUCUACUAUGACCCAGAUCGCAGUGAAAAGGGUGUUAGAUUGUGUGUCAACAAGGCACCGCGUAAAAAGGAUCCGACCGAUUUUGAACCAGACCAUCCCAUCGUCACUCCAUUUGCUCUGCCACUCUACCGUGAACAACCAUCAGGCAAAAAGACAAAGGCUGAAAAAUCAAAGAAAAAACCAGAAACCAAGGUUGAGAAACCUUCUGGUCGUGGUCCAAACCUUACUCAACAUUUAAUUAGAAAUACCAAUAUUGCAACUGAUGGAUCAUGGAAACAAGAUGCCAGAGAAGCUUUCCUUUCAAAAGCAAAUAAAGAUGAAGGAAAUCAAGAAGGAGAAAAUAAAUAA